UCUUUUCACUCCUCCAUUGUAUUGUCCAACACCAACACCAGCACCAACACAAACAAUUCCUCUCUCUCUCUCUCUCUCCUCUUCCUCCCAUUCCAGGCAUUUCCUGUCUGUCUGUCAGUCUGUUUCUCUCCACCUACCAAACAAGGCUUUGCUUUUAAUUAGGAAAAUAAAGCAAAGCAAAAACAGAGAAACAAAGAAGAGACACUGUACGUAGUCGUCUUCUUGGAAUACAUAAUCUAAUCGGAGAAGGAUAGAAUGCCGGUGGACAGCUCAUUGGGCUCCGGCCAGACCGUGUGCGUCACUGGCGCUGGCGGCUUUAUCGCUUCCUGGAUCGUCAAGCUCCUCCUUGAACGAGGCUACAACGUCCGAGGAACCGUCCGAAACCCAGGUGACCCGAAGAAUGCUCAUCUGAGAGAAUUGGAAGGGGCGGAGGAGAGGCUGAGACUGUACAGAUCCGAUCUGCUCGACUUUGAGAGUUUGAGAGAAGCCAUUAAUGGCUGCGAUGGCGUCUUCCACACUGCCUCCCCCGUCACUGACGAUCCGGAGCAAAUGGUGGAGCCCUCCGUGAACGGCACCAAGAAUGUGAUCAUCGCUGCGUCGGAGGCCAAGGUUCGACGUGUCGUGUUCACUUCAUCCAUUGGGGCCGUCUACAUGGAUCCUAGCAGGAGCCCAGACGUCGUGGUCGACGAAUCGUGCUGGAGCGACCUUGAGUUUUGCAAGAAUACUAGGAAUUGGUACUGCUACGGGAAAGCGGUGGCAGAGCAAUCUGCUUGGGAGGUGGCUAAGGAGAAAGGGGUUGACCUCGUGGUGGUCAACCCGGUCUUGGUCCUCGGUCCCUUGCUUCAGACGACGGUCAAUGCCAGUAUCAUACACAUCCUCAAGUACCUGACCGGCUCGGCCAAGACCUAUGCCAACUCGGUGCAAGCAUAUGUGCACGUGCGUGACGUCGCGCUUGCCCACAUCCUUGUAUUUGAGAACCCGUCGGCUUCAGGCCGUUACCUGUGUGCAGAGAGCGUCCUGCAUCGCGGUGAGGUGGUUGAGAUCCUUGUCAAAUUCUUCCCCGAAUAUCCCAUCCCUACCAAGUGCUCCGAUGAAGUGAAUCCGAGGGCAAAGCCAUACAAGUUCUCGAACCAGAAGCUCAAGGACCUGGGAUUGGAGUUCACUCCCGUGAAGCAGUGCCUGUACGACACUGUCAAGAGCCUUCAGGAGAAGGGUCAUCUUCCUCUCCCGACGCAACAAGAAGCUGAUAAUUCUGUUCGUAUUAAGGCUUGACAAAGUAACAUAAAAAAAAAAAAAGUAUUCGGAAGUUGGAAAUUCUGGUACUAUUUCAGAUCAGGAUCAUCCUGUUCGAGGGAUAACGUAGCAAGACAAUAAAAAUAAUAUAUAUGUGAUCUCUCAAUUUUAGUUGGUAUCAUAUAUAUGUAAGACUUUGAAGAUCAUGUUGCUGUGUACUCAUGCUAUAGGCGACUACUUCCCUUUGACAAGUCAAGGAAAUAAUGUUAAAAAGGGGCUCCAAUUCCUCAUCA